AUGGAAGAUGACAUAUAUCAGAAAGAUGAUAACUCAAAUAUUGAAAACAUAGUUCAAAAAGAUGACAACACAAAUCUUGAAGAAGAUACAAUUAUAAAUGACAACAUUAAUCAAAAAAUGGACAAGGAAAUGGAUUAA